AUGGAGGUCCUGGACGAGUUCGACAGCGAGUUCCCCCAGACUGUGACCUUUUGCCAGCUCAUCUCCGAGGAGGACUUCGAGAGGCAGGCGGCCGCGUACACCGAGCGCGCGCUGCGCCGCCUGUUCCGCAGCCUCGACCGCAACCCGGCGCUGGCCGAGAGGGCGGUGCGCAAGGGCAAGCAGACCGAGUGCGAGCGGCGCGGACUCCUCUCCUUCCUCCGGGCGAAGUUCUUCUGUGCUGUCCAGGGGGAGCUGAACCAUUGCAACAGCAUGGGCGCCCUAGAGAUGCACCAGCGCCUGGAGCAGCUGAAGAGGAGCAUGCACCGCGUGCAUCUAUACUCCCAGGAUGCCAAGAAGAGGAGAAGAAAGUCAAAACGGAAGAAACCAGAGCCCAUCCUCUUGCGGGACCAGUCGACCUCCCCCUGCCUGCCACCAACCCUGCUGCCACCUCUGCCACUGCCACCACCUGCCACCACCAUGGCCUCCGUGGUGGCCCCAUCACCUCCUGUUUACACCAUGCCCAGGGUCUUUGGCCCCUUCCCUUCGCUGUCUAGCAAGUCGAUGGAGAAAUCGGACAUUCCAAGGUCUGAAGUGAAAUUAAACUGGAAUGGCCUGUCGGCAAACCCAAAGAGCCACAUGGUUGAUCUGACUCCCUUGGUCCUUAACCCCGGAGGCUUCCAUUUCUCAUACUUGGCUGGAAACAGUACACACAAGCUCCAUUUCCCUGGCUUCCCCUGGACCUCAGCCUGCAAUGGCCCCCCCAGCAGUGAUGAGACUCCAUCCUCUGCUGUGAGGGCCUCCAUCUUCUCUCCACCUGUCCUAUUAAAGUUCCAGCCAGUGCCCAGACCCAAAGACGACUCAGAAAACGACCCUGGAGGCAUAGAGUCUGUGCCUCAGAAGAGGAGUCCAUAA